AUGGAAAUUGCAGGAAAACUGGGUGUACCUAAUUUUAAAGCUUCGGAUGGAUGGCUAAAUAAAUGGCGAUUAAGUAAUAAUGUUUCCUUCAAAUGCAUAUCUGGUGAAGCUGCAGAUGUGAAUCAGGAUGAUGUCGAACAGUUUCAGACAAAGCUGCAAACUCUGUUGAAUGGGUACAAGCCUGAAGACAUUUACAACGCCGAUGAGAGUGGGCUUUUCUUUCGUGCCUUACCGGACAAAACCCUCGCUUUUAUAUCUGAAAAAUGUAUGGGAGUUUUAAAACACUUGAUAACUAAAAUUGGCGAUACAAGUUCUGCCUCAGAGCUCUCAAAAUCGAUUAAUGUACUGGAAGCUGUGUAUUUUAUCAAAGCAUCUUGGGAUAAAGUGGAAGCCACAACAAUCCGAAACUGCUUUCGUAAAGCAGGAUUUUUGGAAACCUUACAGCAACCUUCAGAUUUUGAUCCCGAAGAAGACAUUUCACUGGCAGUCUAUGCUAGGCUUCAGGAAGGACCAGAUUUGGCAAAUGAUUUCGAAGGUUUUCUCCAAAUAAAUCAAAAUGUUUUCACUGAGGACAACAAUAUAGAAAUUCAAUUUGAGCAACCAGAUGAUACUAUGGACUUAAGUGAUUCAGAAGAUCAACGUUCAGAAGAAAUAAGUGACCCCAUAACAUCAUAUGAUGAGGUUUUAAAUCUUGUUGCGCGCUUGAAAUAA